CCGGGAAGCGGGACAAGAAGAGGGAGCCCGACCGGGAUGAGAAGGUGACGCCGCUGGAGGGCGCCACUCGCUUUGUGGGGGGGAAGAUGCUGGCCUACUGCGUGCAAGAUGCCACGGUGGUGGACGUGGAGAAGCGGAGGAACCCCUCCAAGCACUACGUGUACAUCAUCAAUGUGACCUGGUCCGACUCCACAUCCCAGACCAUCUACCGGAGGUACAGCAAGUUCUUUGACCUGCAGAUGCAGCUUUUGGAUAAGUUUCCCAUUGAAGGUGGCCAGAAGGACCCCAAGCAGAGAAUCAUCCCCUUCCUUCCAGGCAAAAUCCUCUUCCGGAGAAGCCACAUCCGGGAUGUAGCUGUGAAGAGGCUGAAGCCCAUCGACGAGUACUGCCGGGCACUUGUCCGGCUGCCCCCCCACAUUUCACAGUGUGAUGAAGUCUUUCGGUUCUUUGAGGCCCGACCGGAGGAUGUCAACCCCCCAAAAGAGGACUAUGGCAGUUCCAAGAGGAAAUCAGGUGCCGACACCAACGCCGAGCCCAUGAUCCUGGAACAGUACGUGGUGGUGUCCAACUAUAAGAAGCAGGAGAACUCGGAGCUGAGCCUCCAGGCCGGGGAGGUGGUGGAUGUCAUCGAGAAGAACGAGAGCGGUGAGUGCCCAGAUGGCCGGCCUGGCUCCUGGGACGGACAGACGGCCGGACGCCAGCACUUUGCCUGGUGGUGGAAGAAUGUCUCCCCAGCCCCGGGGAAAUGA